ACCGAUAUCCAUACCGACCAUGACACAAACCUCGGAAUACGACUACAUAGUCUGCGGUGGAGGCACCUCCGGCUGUGUGGUCGCAGCCCGCCUUGCCGAGAACCCCUCUCUGCGUAUCCUACUAGUCGAAGCCGGUGCCCACAAUGAACAUCUCGAAAACGUGCAUAUGGUGGGUGGAUGGUCCAAGAACUUCGACACACCUCAAGAUUGGAAUAUUGUCACCGAACCCGCAGCGGGGAUAGACAAUCGCCAGGUCAAAGUUAGUAGAGGCAGGUUCUUGGGAGGAAGUAGUGGUGUCAAUGGGACGUUGUGUAUCAGAGGCACGGAACAGGAUUAUGAUGACUGGGAAUUGGAGGGGUGGAGUGGGAAGGAGAUGUUUGAGGCUAUGAGAAAGACGUUUCAUACCAAAGGGUGGUUCGAAGCCAGUGAAGGUGCGCACGGUACCGACGGACCCCUACACAUCGAGCCUCACGACCUAGCACCAAUCUCUGAGAGACUGCUUGACUCCUUUCAAAGUCAUGGUAUGCCUCUUCACCCGGAUAUGUUUACCACAGGAGAAACAGCUCAAGGCUGUGGACAUGCUCCGCGUACAGUGCAUCAAGGACUGAGAACCACCGGUGCCGACUUUGUAACCAAAGAUCAACACAAAGCCAACAUCGAGAUACUAGUCAACACUGUUGUGGACAAGAUCAACUUCCAAGAUGUCGACGGACAGAUGACGGCCAAGAGUGUUGAUUUGACUGGGCCAGACCGCACACGGAAGACAGUGCAAGCAAAGUCCGAAAUCAUCAUCUCUGGCGGAGCAUAUUGUACUCCCNCGAUACUUCUUCGCUCCGGCAUUGGCCCUCGUGGCGAUCUGGAGAAAAUGGGCAUCGAUUGCUUGGUCGAUGCACCUGGAGUCGGACAGAAUCUGCUUGAUCACCUCAUCGUCUUUGUAUUCUAUGAGACAGAACAAGCUGGACUGACGACUGACCACCACGUCUACCAUGGAGAUAGCCUCGGUACGACUUAUGCUCAGUGGCAAAAGGAAAAGACAGGCUUCCUCUCUACAUUCCCAUUCGGAGCAUUUGCCUUUGCUCGACUUGACGAGAGACUGAAGGACGAGCCGACUUGGCAAGAAGCGAUGAAGGGUGCCGCGCCCGGAAGAGAUGCAAUGGGUUUGACCAAGAGUCAGCCAAACGUCGAAUACUUCACCACAGAAUAUUUCCCCGUCGACAACAAGCACGCCUUCUCUAUGAUCACGGAACUAUUCAGUCCAAGAUCACGAGGAACGGUUGUGCUGAAGUCAAUGGAUCCGCUGGACAACCCCGUCGUAGAUCACAACUAUCUGUCAGACCCACUAGAUCUGCUGGUUCUGACAGAGGGGGUACGUAUGGGCAACGAAGUAGUCAUGCAGGGUAAAGGAACAAAAGACAUCNCAAAUCUCACACAUCAUGCAUUUACCAAGCGUGAAGAAUGGAUACCUCAUGUCAAGCAACACGCAACCACGUGUUACCAUGCAGCAGGAACAGCCAAGAUGGGUAAGGCAUCGGACAAGAUGGCUGUGUUGGACGAGAAGCUUCAGGUGCGCGGCGUCAAGGGAUUGAGAGUGGCGGACUGCUCUGUGAUGCCGACGUUGCACGGCGGCCAUACUCAGAUGCCAGCAUAUGGUAUUGGCGAGCAGUGUGCCAAGUUCAUCAGACAGGCCACCCGAGGGGCGUCGAAUGAGUUGGAGAGGAUGGACAGUGCCAUGCAGCCACUGAAGGUGAACUGUGUGAGAGUUGUA